UCUCUCUCUCUCUCUCUCCCUCCUCUUUCUAUUUCCAUACAGGAAUUUCAUCUUAUUUUGCAAACAUAAGAAGCAGAUCCCAAGUUUUGGUGCAGCAUUGUUUCCUCUUUCUGUAAAUGUACUAACUUAUCCCAAGUACCACUACUACUUACUACUUAUUACUUCUUCCUAAUUCCAUAUUGUAUUAUAUUGUACCUCAAACACACACACACACACUCGAAGGUGUGGGAGAGAGAGAGAGAGAGAGAGAGAGAGAGAUGGAAUAUCAUUGGUCUUCUCUGAUCAACAACAGUAAGAGCAGUAGCAGUAGUACUACUGCUGAUUGUAAUACUCCCACAUUUAAUAAUGGCCACCAUGCAUGGGAUAGUUUCAAUAAUGCCGCCGGCAACUUUUCAAGGGCGGCGGGGGCGGAACAAGCCAAUUGGAGCUACCCUCUUCAUUAUAACAACUCUGUCAGUUACUACAGUAAUCCGUCCGCCGCCAGACAAGUGGUGGAGGCCGGUGCUGCUGCUUACCAGGCGGUGGCGCUGCGGGAGCAUGAGCAAGAGAAGAUGGGUGGUGGCGGUGCAGCAGCCGCCAACCGGUGCUACCAGCUUGACCCGCACUUGACGUGCCUGAAGCUGGGAAAGAGGCAGUACUUCGAGGAUGUCAUGAUGGCUGCGGCUGCUCCUCCGCCACCGGCGGCGGCGGCAAAGAAAGGGAAACCCUACUACGCGGUUGACGGGGUGCAGGCGGCGGCGGUUCCGCGGUGUCAGGUGGAGGGGUGCGGGGUGGUGCUGGUGGAUGCGAAGGAGUACCACAGGCGGCACAAGGUCUGCGAAAUGCACGCCAAGGCUCCCGUGGUUGUGGUUCUUGGGAUUCAGCAACGCUUCUGCCAACAGUGCAGCAGGUUUCAUAGAGUGGCGGAGUUCGAUGAAACAAAGAGAAGCUGCAGAAGGAGAUUGGCUGGUCACAACGAGCGGAGAAGAAAGACUUCUCUUAAUUUAGAUAAUCAACACCACCAAUUUUCUCACAAACUUUCACUGCAAGGUACUUAAUUACAUUACCUUAAUCCCUAAUUAAUUCAUU